AUGUCGGCUGGCUCCCCCAGCAGGGACACCCCCGUGGUGACCGGGCACACCACAUCUGCCAUGGCCAAGGCCACCGUCAGCACCCCGUCCCCCUCUGUCACCCACGAUGUCCCCACCGCCCCAGGCAGGGUGACGAGCCACGAUGCCAGCCCUGCGUUUGCUGUCGUGCCCAGCCUGGCCAGAGGGACCCCGCCAGCAGCCACCAGCCCCACCGGGGCAGCUCCUGCUUUGGAGACACAGAGGGGACCGGCCACCACACCGAGGACGCCUGCUCACACCACUUCCAGCCACGGACACCCCCUGUCUGAGCCCCAGCCCAGCCACGGGCUCGGCCCGGCGGUGUCCCUGUACCCGUUUGGCACAGAGGGAGGUGACAGAGAGUGUGUCCAGAGGACGGUGGAUUUUAAUUCCCCCUUGUUCAAGCCGGAGAUCGGGUUCCCCUUCGGGAAGGCGCUGCGUGACUCCCUCUACUUUACAGACAACGGGCAAAUCAUUUUCCCACCCACGGACAACGUCGUCCCCUCCAACCCCAACCCACCUGCCCGGGGAUUCAGUGGCCGUGAGGCGCUGCCGACGGUGGCCGUGUUUUGGGAGGACGCAGAUUUCUCGCAUGGCGUUGGCACCACCUGGUACCAGGAGUACCCCACCCUCGGAUCUACCCGAGACCCCCUCAUUCGUGAUGUGGAGGCAAAAAUUGAGAAAUACCUGAAAACCCCUUACACAGCGAGAUGGACCCUGAAGGUGACGUGGGAGAAGGCCCCAGCGUACCCGUCCCAGGAGGCUCUGGGGACAAGCACGUACCAGGCCGUCCUCUCCACCGAUGGGAACCAGUCCUUCGCCCUGCUGCUGUACCAGGACGGCGGCAUGAGGUGGGACUACGCCGGGCUGGCAGCCGGGAACGUGCUGAUCGGCUUCUCCAGCGGCGAUGGGUAUGCCCAAAACAACGAGCUGACUCAAAAGCCACCGGCUGUUAAGUACCGACCCGACCAGCACCGCAGCUCUGGCACCGACGUGCGGGGGCUGUGGCUGUACCGGCUGGACAGCCGCGGCCGGGUGAACUACCGGCUGCGGUGCCUGGCGUGGCUGGAGGCACAGCCUGCCCCGGCCACCUGGAGCAUGGAGCUGCCACCCUGCCCCUGCUCACGGCCCCAGGCCGAGCUGGACCCCCGCUACCGCCGGAGCAGAGGUGCUGAGCGUGGGGCUGAGCCCCCUCCCGCAGCCGGGGCGGCUGCCACCCCCCGGGAUGUCUCAGACCCAGCAGACACCGCUGUGAGGGUGCUGCGCACCGCGUCCCCCAGCCGGGCAGGUGCUGGGGUGCGGUGCUUGUACCGAGGCACGAGCUUUCUGGAGGGCUGGCAGGAGAGAGCCUGGAGCCCACCCACCCACACCACGGCCGACGAGGAGCUGGAGGCGUUCGAGUGGUGCUGCCGGCGCGUGGGGAAGCCCCGGUUCUGCACCAGGUUUGCCGAGAAGAGACCGAGGACCAGCUGCAAGGGAUACGUGCCGCCCACCCCCGCCAGUGCCUUCGGGGACCCCCACAUCACCACCCUGGAUGGCCUCACCUACACGUUCAAUGGCCUCGGGGACUUUGUCCUGUUGCUGGCCGGUGAUGCCCGGAGCAGCUUCGUGCUGCAAGGGCGCAUGGCCCGGACUGGCACAGCCCAGGCCACCAACUUCGUGGCCUUCGCUGCCCAGUACGUCUCCAGCACCACCACCACAGGUCAGCCAAGCAGCGGUGGCAGCCUGGAUGUGCCCCGGGAUGGUGGCAGCAGGGAGCAGUUCUCCGUCUUCACCCACACAACCACCCAAGCUGCAUUGAGGUGGGGAGGGACAAGCGGAGGGGCUGAUGGGGACAUCCAUUGCCAUUUGCAGGUUGAGUGGACUUUGGGGAGCCAGGGUGACAUCCAAGUCCUCCUGAACUACCAAACCAUCCAGUUUUCCUACUCCCAAGACAUGGGUGCCGAGGUGCACUACAGCCCUGGGGUGCUGCUGGUCAACACCUCCUCCAUCACGGCCACCUUUGACGGCACCGUCUCCAUCUCCAUCUCAGCCAGCGCCGGGCUCCUCAGCAUGGUGUGCAGCCUGCCAGAUCGGUACCGCAACAGCACCACGGGCCUCCUGGGUGUGUGGAACAACAACCCCGCAGAUGACUUCCAGAUGUCAAACGGGACCAGCAUCCCUGUGAACAGCAGCGAGGAGGAGAUCUUCAGCUACGGGAUGACCUGGGCUGUUGGAGAGCACAGCCUGUUCGCCCAGCCCCUGGCCACACCGGAGAAGAACUUCACCCCCAUCUUCUUGUCUCGGCUGCGGCAGGAGAACGAAAGCCAGUACCAGUGGGCAGCCUCGCAGUGCCGCGGCAGCAAGGAGUGCGUCUACGAUACGCUGAGCACAGGGGACGUGACCCUGGGCCUGGCCACCCAGAGCCUCGGGGAGGACUUCCAGGAGAAGAAGACGGCACUCAACGCCUUCCCUCCCGUCAUCACCGGCGACCCGUCGCUCACAGCCUUCAGGACAGAGCAGGUCACGAGGCAGUACCGAGCUGAGGGGCCGGGCGCGCUCUUUGUCCCCCACAUCUCCCCGGAGCUCAACAUUUCGGAGAACGGCACCCUGACGUGGGAGCCCCGCGGGACGGCCCCGCUCAGCAUCACCCUGCAGGCCGUGGGCUCCCAGCACCUCGCCGCCCUCCUCCAGCUCAGCUUCACCCUCUGCAGCUGCCGCACGAGCCACGAGUGCAACUACAACGACACGGCCACCGUCAACGGCUCCUCCCUGCAGCUGGCAGCCUGCAGGUGUGACGACGGCUACUCGGGUCCCUUCUGCCAGCACCCGCCGGACCCUUGCGCCCAGGGGUGCUUCCCUGGGGUGGGCUGUGACCCGCUCGCCGGCUGCGACCCUUGCCCGCCCGGCCUGAUGGAUAUCGAUGAGUGCGCGCAGGGGACGGCGUGUCCAGGGAACGGCACCUGCACCAACACCGUGGGCAGCUAUACCUGCUCCUGCCCACCUGGUGUAGAGGGCGAGGGGCCGGGCUGUGGCACAGCCUGCGGGUCCCGCUCCUGCCCCGAGGGCUUCUGCAGCAACGGGGGACGCUGUCACCUGCACCCCUCCUCCUGUGCACCCGCCUGCGUGUGUCCCCCGGCCUUCACCGACCAACGCUGCUUGGUGGCAGGGGGGGACUUUCGGCCCCCGGCCAGCCCAGCACAGGUCUCGGCGAUCCUGGGCUCCCUGGAGGUGAAGGCUUUCCAGAGCAACACCAACAUCACCCACAUGGCGGCUGCUGGCUUCACCUUCGCCGUGGUGGCCGAGUUCAACUACGGCAGCAGCGGCUCCGUGAUCCGCUUCCUGAACGAGGAGCUGGUGGGGGCCAUCGCCAGCGCCUUCAACGAGCGGCGGGGACAGCGGGACGUGGGCACACACGUCCUCUUUGAGCACCUGCACCUGGACAAUGUCACCGACGUGGUGAAACUGACGGUGGCGGAGCUGAGGCACUACUUCUCCUGCGCUCUGUACGGCUACGAAGGCUACCAGCUGGACUACGUGGGGACCACUGGCUUCCUCUGCAUCUCCCCUUGCAAGAAAGGCUACUGCCAGCACGGCGGCCAGUGCCGGCACCUGCCCGAGGGCCCCAUGUGCAGCUGCACCCCCUUCUCCAUCUUCUCCCCGGCCGGUGCACGGUGUGAGCAGCUCACCGUCAGCCUCGCCGCCUUCCUCGGCAUCCUGCUGGGGGCCCUGGCUUUGCUCUGCCUCCUGCUCGCCGCCACCUGCCUCGCCUUGCACCUCUGCCGCCGGCACCGGGACCCCUGGGGGACCAAGGACACCUUCUGGAGGCCUCGGCAGUUCUCCUGUGAGCACACCCUGCAACCUAACCCAGCCUGCCUCUGCUUUGUGCGGCAGCCAUGCCCCAGCUUGGGCACAUGCUGGGUCACUGGGGUGGCUCUGUGCCCCCCGGUGUCCCCCAGCUCUGCUCCUCUCCCCCACCCCAGCCCUGACCAAGGCAGCAGAGAGAGCAGAGAGCACCCGCUCCCACGGCUCAGGAAGGCUCUGGGAGCCGCAGCUCCAGGCCAUCGACCCAUCCGUCCAGGUCUGCCUGGGGUUAUUGUCCCCUGCGUGGGGUGGCGCUGGCCUGGCCGGGCACCGAUGUCCUUGUCCCGGGGCUCAAAGUCCAUUGGCGCUGCCCUGCGGUGCCCACUCCCAAAGCAUCAGGGACAUCGGGGGCUGCACUGCUACUGGGCCUUGUAG